GCCGGAAUUUCCUUGGAGGAAAUGUAGGCACAGAAGCGCUCAGGGCUAAUCGUUCGCCCGCCGAUACUAUUCAGGAUCUCCACGCAUUCUUUGGGCAAUAAUUAGAAUAAAAGAAUCGAGGACGCCAUCAUGAAAGUGUCCAGCAUUGACUGCCGCCGUCUGAGGAAGAUGAUCAGGAAGGAGGACUGCCUUAUCUUGGAUUGUCGACCUUAUUUGUCAUUCACUAACUCCAAUAUCGAAGGUUCAGUUAAUGUCAAUCUCAACUCCGUGGUGGUCCGGAGGUCGCGGGGAGGACCGGUGCCUCUGCAGUUCGUUAUCCCGGACGAGAGAGCCCUUCUUCGGCUACGAGAGGGCAGCAUAUCGGCGGUGGUCGCUCUGGAUGACAGGACGUCCCAUUGGCAGAAGCUGAAGAAGGACAGUGUAGCACAAAUAGUAAUAAAUACUCUCUCACAUCUGGCCAACGGGACGAACAUCAGUUUUUUGAAAGGAGGAUAUGAGAACUUCCACUCUCAAUACCCUGACCUUUGCACCGAGGUGAAAAGCAUCGACCAGAGUGGAAGUGAAAGCGAGAAAUGGGCCAAAAGUGAGAAGCUGUCUCACAACAAACCGGAUUAUGAUCAGGGUAAACCUGUGGAGAUCCUGCCUUUCCUCUACCUCGGUAGUGCCUACCACGCCUCCAGGCAGGACUAUCUCACCGACCUUCACAUCACUGCCUUGCUCAAUGUGUCGCGCAGGGACAUGCAGCCGGCCAAGGGCCACUACGACUACAAGUGGAUUCCGGUGGAGGACAGCCACAUGGCUGACAUUAGCUCCCACUUCCAAGAGGCAAUAGAAUUCAUUGAUCAUGUGAAGCAAUCGGGGGGAAAGGUCCUGGUCCACUGUGAAGCGGGCAUCUCACGUUCCCCUACCAUCUGCAUGGCGUACAUCAUGAGAACCCAGCAGCUGCGACUGGAUGCGGCAUUCGACAUCAUCAAGCAGCGCCGGGCUGUUGUCUCACCUAACUUUAGUUUCAUGGGUCAGCUGCUGCAGUUCGAGUCCGAGGUUCUCUCCACAGCACCGGCCCAUGCCGCCACACCUGAACCCACCACACCCUGUGUCCCAGAGUCUGCAUCUUUCUUUGCCAACGACAUGACCACUUUCAACACCAAAACCUUUGAGCCAUCUAUAUUCACCCUCCCUACCUCUUGCCUGCAGUCCCCGGUCCACCACCAGUUCACACUGAGUCCAAUAACUGCACUGCCUUAAGAAAAAGAACUGUGACUGCUUGUAGUGUUACUUGAAAAUGAAUGCAAAUGUAAAGCUCCCUGUGUGCCUGGGCUUGAAACCAGCAGAACAGACCGACUGGAGAUCAGCAGGUGGUAGUACACAUUUCAUAGGAUGACACUGAUGCUGUUUGUACUGCAGUGACAACAGCACAGUGAUAAACUUGCAAUAUACAUGCCUUAGGUUGAUAUUGUGAUUUCUGUGUUUAUUCACAAAUACGGUGAGGCAUUUGAAUCUAAUUUAUUUAAAAUUGCAAUAUUUGUGAUUUUUUUUCCAAUAAUGUUGAUGUUAUUGUGUUUAAAAAAAUAAAAGUUUUCAGGUGAGAAAUAAA